AUGUUCAUCCAGAUUGUGCAAGUAGCUCAAGUGUUCGUAGCUUACAGCAUGCUAGUGCUGGUAUUUUCAAUUGGUUCACUCCUGAAAUCUUUCCCAUCCUUCCGGAAAAGCAUCAUCAGAGCCUUCGACAUGAUUACUAAGGUAAAGUUACCGGUUACUUCAUAUUGGGACUCCUUGUUCUCCGAUCAAAUGUUCCAGAACGUGUGGCAUAGCGUGGCUUUGGACAUGAACAAGAAGGCCAAGCAAGGAGGCGACGCUCCAAACAGCCCAGUAGUGACAUUGUCUGGAAAAAUUUGUUUUCCGCUAUUAGAGGUGGCCAAAGCUGGACGGCCCCUUGUUUUGAACUUUGGAAGCUGUACCUGUCCUAUUUUUAUGAGUCAGUUGAACGACUUUCAAGAAAUGGUCGACCAAUUCAAGGACAUCGCAGAUUUUUGUGUUGUUUACAUCGACGAGGCUCAUCCCGCAGAUGGUUGGGCUUUAAAGGUAAGAUGACUUUUCCGGUUUUUAGCCGAUUAUUUAAUCUGGUCGGGAAACGGACACCCCCUUUUCAUUGUACUCGUGGCACAUAAUUUGCCUCAAUCGAAAAAUUUUCUCACAAAGACAUUUUGACCUAAGCCUCAAUCACUUAGAUGGUGAAUGAAAAAAAAGAGUGACAGAGACCUCUCUCCAUCGCUGAAAGACUUUGGCUAGGGACUAAAUUUUCAGUCCUGGCCUGUUGCCAAAUAUAUCAAGACUGGAAGGUGAUAUUUUGGAAGCUUUCUUUAAUGAAUUUGUCACUUUUCCUUGCAGAACAACUACAACAUCAGAACACACAGAACGCAAGCCGAAAGAUGUAAAGCUGCUAGAGAAUUGGCGCGAAAAAUUCCAGAAUGUCCAGUGGUAGUAGAUACUAUGCUUGACACGGCAAAUAUUGCUUAUGGUGCUCUUCCAAUCCGGUUUCACAUUAUUCAGGACAGAAAAGUUCGUUAUGAAGGUGGGCCUGGACCAAUGGGUUACAACAUGAGCGAAGUAAAGACGUGGCUGGAAAAGUAUCGGGCCGAGAAGUGA